AAUUAUUAACUCUUAUAAAUAUUUCAAUAUUUGCUUGCCAUGACACAUACUUGACUAGUUAUAUUCACUUAUCCCAGGUUUUGGUCAAGAUCUAGAUUCACCUCUAGAUCACAAUGUGACACUCUUGUGAACAACAUGUGUGAGGGCUUUAAUAGUGUGCUAGUUGAUAGUAGGUCUAAUCCUAUUAUUAGCAUGUUAGAAGACAUAAGGGUUUACAUAAUGAAGAGAUGGGCUGCCAACAGGACAAAGAUCACAUCAUAUCAAGGUUCAAUCUGCCCCAAGGUUUUUAACAGAUUUCAGAAGGAGUCCUGGUUAACUAGAUAUUGGUUACCAAGAAAAUGGGCAAUUACUGGCAUUCCGUGUACUCAUGCCAUCACUGCAAUGAAAUUUUUGAAUAUAAAUGCAGAAGAAUACAUUGGCCACUGGUUUAGGAAGUCUACUUAUGAAGAGACUUACAACACAAUAAUUAACCCUAUCAAUGGACAACAUGUCUGGGAUGUUACACCCUAUGCAGAUAUAUUACCACCAAAGAAGAGGACAAUGCCAGGAAGGCCCAAGAAGAAACGAAGACUAGAGGAGUGGGAGUUGAAGAAGAAUAACAGUGAAUUAAGAAAGGGUGGGCAGAGGAAAACAUGUGCCAUCUGCAAAGAACUUGGACACAACAGAAAAGGCUGUCCACAAAGACCUCCAACAGUAGAGGUUCCUACAGCACAAUCUUCUCAAGUCACCCAACCUCCAGCAACUAUGCCUUUAUCUGAUGAAUGA